GCGGGGCGAGCCAGGUGCUUUGAUGUUGGGUGCCUACAUGUUUACAACUGUUAUGUCUGCUUGAUGAAUUCACCUCCUUGUCACCACAUAACUACCUUCUUGGUCUCUUGGGACUGUUUUUUACUUGAAGUCUAUUCUGAUACAAAAAGUAACCUUCCUGAAGAGGACAUGUGAUUGGAAGUUGUCAAUUGUUGAAGCAUCGGUAACUCCAGUCUCUAACGUUUUAGAAAAUCCUAACAAGCGGUUCUCUACCCUGUAAAGGUGAACCACUGAGUUCUUCAUUAUGUCUGAUGGAGAUUAUGAUUACCUCAUCAAGUUUUUAGCUUUGGGAGACUCUGGCGUAGGGAAGACCAGUGUACUUUACCAAUAUACAGAUGGUAAAUUUAACUCCAAAUUUAUCACAACAGUGGGCAUUGACUUCCGGGAAAAGAGAGUGGUGUACAGAGCCAAUGGGCCGGAUGGAGCCAUUGGCAGAGGCCAGAGAAUCCACCUGCAGUUAUGGGACACAGCAGGGCAGGAGAGGUUUCGUAGCUUAACAACAGCGUUCUUCAGAGAUGCUAUGGGUUUUCUCCUACUUUUUGAUCUGACAAAUGAGCAAAGUUUCCUCAAUGUCAGAAACUGGAUAAGCCAGCUACAGAUGCAUGCAUAUUGUGAAAACCCAGAUAUAGUGCUGUGUGGAAACAAGAGUGAUCUGGAGGACCAGAGAGCAGUGAAAGAGGAGGAAGCCAUUGCACUCGCAGAGAAAUAUGGAAUCCCCUACUUUGAAACUAGCGCUGCCAAUGGGACAAACAUAAGCCAAGCAAUUGAGAUGCUUCUGGACCUGAUAAUGAAGCGAAUGGAACGGUGUGUGGACAAGUCCUGGAUUCCUGAAGGAGUGGUGCGAUCAAAUGGUCAUGCCUCUACGGAUCAGUUAAGUGAAGAAAAGGAGAAAGGGGCAUGUGGCUGUUGAGAAGUCAAGUAAGUGACGUAGUAGUUCAGGUGGCCCAUGCCUGGGAUCUUCUCUAUGAUUGAUACAUGGCACAGCGAGAGAUUAAUGGGCAUUGUGUACAAAUUGCUUCUCACCAUCCCCAUUAGACCUAUGAAUAAAGCAUCUGGUUCUAAAAUUAAUUUGUUGCAGCUUUGUAAAUAUUUAUUUAAGAUUCAGCCUGAGAGUUAGGAGAAAUAUUUCAGAGCCAAAAGUGCCUUAUAAAACCUUAGCCUAUUAUAGUAAAUCAUUCAAGGAUUCAGAAUUUUGCAGUCACAGAAGAGUGUAUUUAUUAUGUAGAAUGAAUGAGGGUACUGUCACCUGCCUUAAUGUAGGUAGGCCCAGAGUCUUACAUUUAAGAUCUUACAUGCAAUUAUAAAACUGCCACAGUCUUCAAUCCAGAUUUAAAGAGUCAUGCCGUAGGUGACAUUCUAAAAUACCAUUAAAGCCACUUAAAUGUUAAAUAAGAAUAUACAUGCACAUCCGCUCAAUGUCUUUGAGUAUUAAUUUUAUGUAAGCAUUCUAUUUAACAUGAAUAUAGGACAAAUCAUGGCCAUAUCUAUAGACCUUGGAUAAACUGGAUUGACCAAUUGUACACUCACAGUGCCUUUUUUGUUGGUGGGAAGGGGAUUGGGGUGGGGCAGGGUGGCUUAAUGUAAUAUGAGCAACCAAAGUGGGACUUCUGGCUCCCCGCUAUAUUCCCAUUGCUCUGAAUUGUUGAUUGAAGGGUCAGGGAACUAGAUUUUAUGGCUUUAGUUCACUGUGACUGUACAUUUAUACUUGGCCUAUGUGCUGGCCACAUCUGAACAUAGCUGGUGCUUAUGCGGAGUUAUUUGUGAUGAGUAAAUAUUUAGUUUCUUUUUCUUCAUAUUUAUAACGUUGAUCUGGCAUCCUCAGGCUGCAGCUUAAUUAGCUUAUAAAUUACUCAUCUCUGUCUUUACCAGCAGGCUCUGUAUUGUUGAUAUUUGCAACUUGUUUUGCUUUUCCAUUGGUGGAAUUGAAAUAAUUAGUUUUUAAUUACAUAAGAUGCCUGUUUGCUAUUUGGUGGAAGAUAGAUGUUCAUAUUGAAGCAGUUACAUUUGUACUGUAGUUCAAUAAAAGAAAAAUGAAAUGAUAUUUUUCUUAGAGCUCAUGAAAUAUUUACUGUACUUGCUGGGUCUUGCCAAGAUCGUGUAUUCUGCUGCAUUGCCAAAGUGUCUUCAUACCAAAUUAAAGGUGGUUUUAAUAUAUGUUUCAUGGAAGUCGUUUAUAAAAUUCAAAGGUAUUUCAUUUAGAUGAAAAGUCUUAUUUAUUAAAGUGGUUUGAAUAAAGUAGAUCAAAACUUCCAGAGAUCUUAAUGGCUAUUUAGGAAGAAAUAUCACUCACCAUAAUUUAAACAAAGAAUAAAAAUACAUGUAUUUUGUGGUGGAAAAUGUUUGGUAGAACUGUAAUUAGAAAAAUACAAGUAUAUUUGGGUGAUGGUUACACUAGAAGCCCAGACUUUACGACUGCACAAUAUAUUCAUGUAUCUAAACUGUACUUGUAUCCCCUAAAUUUAUUUUUAAAAAAGGAAAAAUGUAAGUAUAAUGAAAAAACCUAUUUUUUUUCCACUGUCCUUCCACUACUCCCAUAACAAACUUAGCCGUGGUUGGUAAAAUUUUACGUAUUUUUAUCCUUGAAAUGAAGGCUUCUUUUAAAUUCCAAAGAAGUCAUGGAGGCCUGUGCAUUUGAAUUGUAUAUGCUAGUGAGGAUAAGAUUUAGACAUUUCAAGAGCAGGGUUGGUUGGGCGUGGUGGCUCACACCUGUAAUCCCAGCACUUUGGGAGGCCGAGGAGGGCGGAUCAUGAGGUCAUGAGAUCGAGACCAUCCUGGCUAACAUGGUGAAACCCCGUCUCUACUAAAAAUAAUAAAGAAAAAUGAGCCGGGUGUGGUGGUGGGCGCCUGUAGUCCCAGCUACUCAGGAGGCUGAGGCAGGAGAAUGGCGUGAACCUGGGAGGCGGAGCUUGCAGUGAGCCGAGAUCACGCCACUGCACUCCAGCCUGGGUGACAGAGCGAGACUCCGUCUCAAAAGAGCAGGGUCAUAAUCACACAGCAGUGCCUUAUAUAGUUGCCAUAAGACUUCAGUGGAGUACAACAUAAUUUUACAGCUACAUAUCAGGGCAAAUUCUAUAUGGUGUAUUUGUGUUAGAAUAACACAUUAAAUGUCUUUAAACAUAGAAAUAAGAAUGUUUGCAUGUUUCAGUUGUCAAGAACCAAAUGAGUAAUUAGCUAUAGAUUCCACUGGCCUUAAACAUACAAUUAAGUGUAUACAUGAUAUAGUGCACACACAGGAGUCACCUUUAAUUAUUAAAAUAACCUGUAUUCUUUUUGGAAAUCAUUUAAGUUUGGUAUUGAAGUACUAUAUUUUUUGUGCAUCAAUGUAUUUUUCUAUUUACAAGCCUAUGUAAAAGUGAAGUGUAUUUUCAGUGAACCAUGUGCCAAUUAAGCUGUAAUAAAAAAGUGGUCUAGUCUGUCAAA